UUGCCUGUGGCUAGUGGGUUGAGAGCGAAUUCGUGCACGUUUGUUUUUUUUUAUAAAACAAAUUGUUAAAUAUACGAACAAAAACAUAAAAAUUUUAACAUAACAUAGCAACCAAACGAAAAGUGUCCAUUGCGUUAAAUAUACAAAUUGUGAGAACCCUAACUAAGCGACAACAAAUUACACAUUCAACGAACGGAAUUAAGCGAGUCGUGACAAGACCGGAGAGAGAGAGAGUAAGAGUGAGAGCGAACGAGAAAACGAGAACGAACGAUAGAAAGAGAGCAAAGACAGCCGCUUUUUACCCUGCACUCUGCCCAUACCCCCCCUCUUCUGUUUAGGUUUUUUUUCCUUCAGCUAGUUGUAGUUGUGUGUGAAAAGAAAAGAAUUUCCACAGAUUUUACGCCGCAUAAUCCAGAGAUAUAUAGAGCACCCGGACACGACGACGACGACAACGACUACGAAAAUGUUAAUAAACCUAAAGGUUAAGACUUUGGAUGCCCGUACCCACGAAUUCAGCAUCGACAAUGAGCUUACAAUACGUCAGUUCAAGGACCAAAUAGCAGAGAAGACCAACAUUGCGGCAGAGAAUCAGCGCAUUAUAUACCAGGGGCGUGUACUAGCCGACGACAAGCAGGUGAAGGAAUACGAUGUCGAUGGCAAGGUAUUGCAUGUAGCCGAACGUCCGCCCUUCUCGCAGCGUGGUGCUAAUUAUCGCAACAAUGAUGAACCUAUGCGAACCUUUCGCAACGUGUCACGCCCCACACCUGGCUCGAUGCGUACACAGCCCUAUUUUCGUGCCCUCGAUGGUAUGCUGGUGGGCACAAUGGCCAUACCAGUUAACAAUCACAAUGCAGCGGCCGGGGCCCGCACCGCUCCUCCAAAUCGUUUUCCAAACUCAUCGUCCUUCUGCAUAAACCGCAUCACAGUGGCUCUCCACAUGAUUGACUGUGUCAAUAAUAUAGCCGCCUAUCUAGAGAAUCCUGCCGUUGGCCUCAACAAUCAAUCCUUAGACAUUCUACAGCGCGGUCGCUGGUCAAUGGAAUCGACUGUGGUUGAGGUUGGUGUCUCAUCCACUGACUUGCCACGCAACAACAACAUCAUCGAUAUGGUCCAGGAUGCCGUGAAUGCAGCUCUCUCGCGUGGCACAAACGGCCGCAACUAUACGGUGGUGCAAUUGCCCACCGUGUAUACCAAUGAAAGCGGAGAAACCACUCAGCAGCGCGGAAAUGAGAUUGACGGUGAAGGUGGUCUAGCAGCCUUGGGAGGACCAGGUAGCGACGGUAGUGGCGAGACUACAGCUGCCGCUGUGAUAAUUGAAGAUGUUAUUGAAACAGACGAUGAGGCAGCUGAUGGUGCUUCAGAUCGCUCGACCACACCAACACCAGAUGGCACCGAUGCCGGUGAUGGCAGCGAUGGGGCCUUUGGUGGCGAACCUACAGGCACCAGCAGUUUAACAGCUCCAGAUACAAAUGCUUCCGGCUCUGCUUCGGCUGACGCUGCAGCUUCCACUUCCGCCGCUGGCGGCUCCGCAUCCAAUAUGAAUGUUAGCGGCAUUGGUCCACGACGUCGCACAAGACCCCAGGUGCUAGCGAAUGUUAUACAAAAUUAUCGUAAUGUUCAGAAUCGCCUGGCGCCGUUUGUGCAACGUUAUUAUGAAAUACUCGAACAGGAUCCCGUUUUCGAGGAGAGUGAUACAGCCGAAAGGGAGAGUGCUCAACGCAUUUUUGAUCGAGUUUCUGAGGCUUUUCAUUACCUAUCCCAUGCCCAGCAUGCCAUCUCUGAUCUGAUGCUGGAUCUGUCACAGCCUGGCCCACGUGUGCUCACAUGCCGACCCAUUCUGGUGGAGCAAAGCGGUUACAUACGAUCCAACAAUAUUUUUGCACCAAAUCUAGUGGCCUCACCACUGGCAGAGCUCAUACCAAAUAGAAACCCAAAUGGUGGUGGCCUUGUCAGUGCUCAGCAGCUUUUGGGCACUUUAUCCGAACCCACACCUCCAUCAACGUCAGCCACUGCUGUAGUUCCGUCUUCAGCUGUUUCGACUGCGACAGCGAGCACUGCGUCUACAGCUAGCAAUCCUUUUCAAGAUGCUGCAACGCGUGCACAUGUGGAUGCCAUUCGUGCAAAUGUGGAUGCCGUUAGAUCCGUAGCUCAAGCUCUAUCCAGUACUGGCAGCACCGCAGACCAAACUCGAUCCGACAUUUUAUCACAAAAUUUAGUGGCUGACUUGACCAGUGAAAUUAUGCACACUAUCACUAAUCCAUCGACAAUAUCACAAGAUGCAAUUCAUUCGAAUGGUGAUUUAAGAAAUGCCUUGGCCCGUGCCACAGUGGAUAGAGUGAUAGCAGCUGGUCGUCGUUUUUUGAACAGUGACGAUGUUGAAGAUCCUGUCGAUGAACCAAUGGUGGCUCCUUCCAAUGUCUCUGGCUCGGCUAGUAGUACUCCACAGUCCCCACAGCAGCCCCAGCAACCGCCACGUCCCGAAAUGGAUAACACAGAGCAGCGAGCAGUCCCAAGGCUGCGCCUUUAUAUGCCCGUGCCCUUGCCACCGCCCAAUCCUCAAGUGCAGAUGGCGCGUCUCAUUCAAGCUGUUGUCAAUAGUUCCACCAAUGAUGGUGAUGUCCGUGUAGAAUUCAAUUCUCCCAACAUUGUGUCAAUUAACCUGCCGGUACAUGUUAUGACUGCUGCAGUACGUCCUGCUCUGACUGGAGCUUCGGGCGCAAGUGCUGCACCCACAGCCACGGCUACGACUACGGCGGGAGCAUCACCAGCUCCACCCAAUGACAUUCAAUCGCGUACAGCGGCCAGAAUUGGAGAACUUUUCGCCAAUGUCCUACCGGCACCAAAUGCCAACGCUGCUUCUACCACUGCAUCGACAAAUACUGCUGGUGCCGGGGCUGCUUCAACCUCCACUGGACGUGAUCAACGGGCAACCAAUACAUUACCGACAACAGCCACCCAAACACGUUCAACAUCACGUCCUCAGAUACAGCUGGGAGGCAAUAACAAUUGGGGCGGACGCAUUGCACCCACACAUACGGCUUUCGAUCGCUUCUUGCCCUGUAAUAGUCAUCAUAUUCGUGAACCGGAGCUGCUUGCCCAACAUAAUAACAAUAACAACAACAACAAUAAUCGCAGCACAACAAACGCAGCAGCAGCGCAGCCACCGCCGUUGUCGUCGUCAUUGUCAACACCUGGAACAGGCAUUGGAGUAGCAGGAAUUCCGGUGAUGGCAGCCACAUCACAACCGCUGACCGGUUCCAUAUUUGCUGCCGCAGCUGCGGCCGCUGCCGCCAGUGGUGCUCCAAGCCAUCGUGCUUCGGCAGGCAGCGCUAACGGCGCCGAAGGAUUAACUACGGCAACUGCUGGUGCUGGUGCCAUUGGUGUCAAUACUGCCAAUGCAUCAGGCAGCCCAUCGAACACCGCCACCCACAGCCCCAUCACGGCGCCAGGUUCUACCACAGGAACCCCAACAGGAGAAGCAACAACAGCGACAACCGCCUCUGUAUUAUCACAGUUUGGUGAAGGAACAGCAGAUGCAAUAGACGAUCAAUUUAACGAAUUGACCAGUAUACGUGCCCAGAUGCGCACCUUUCUCUAUAGCAGCUUGUUUCGAGGUCAAACGAUUAACGAGCAAACGAUUCCCGGAGCCAUUACCCGUGCCCUUAAUUGGUUUGACGACAGUCUGAUCUAUUUGCCGCAAUAUGAACGACCGGAAUAUAAUUCCCGCCUCUCUUUAUACAAUAUCAUUGGCCAGAGUCUGCGCCUUGUCUUUGAGCUGUGUAGUAGUGGUGGUAAUCCUUUUUCAUUAUCACCAGAAGCUUCUAGUUUUAGUAGUACUGGGGCGCAGUUUGAGCAGCGUCUCAAACACAUCUGUGACCAGUUUCGGCAACGACUCUACAGUGUGCUAUUCCUGUGCUUGGGUAGUACCAAUGCGGAAUUAUAUUGGCGCCAACUCAUGCGGAUAUUGUGUGUUCCAUUGAGGUCCAAUUUUUAUAAUGGAGCCUUGCAGUUUCUGUGCAUCUACAUCGAUCCGACAAUUCCAUCAGAAACAGACACUGUCGAUGCUCAACAGUUCCUUGUCCUGCGCACUGGGAUACCGCCUUCAGCCCUACAAGAACAACAACAGAUGUUCGACACUGAUAUUGAAAUGCUUGACAUGGACGCCGGAGCGAGUAGCAGCAAUACGGAUCCGGAACCUCUGCCUUCGGUAACUGUUGGCGCCGAACCCUGGCACAUAAAUUUCCCUAGUGAAUGGUUGCCUGUAAUAACUCGUGACUUGCAGACACAGACUGAGCAAAAUCGCUCACAGCCGCCUUACUCUGAUGCCUACAUAUCUGGAAUGUCGGCCAAGCGCCGCAAGGUCAUACAAGCGGAAAAGCCUACACCGACAGUUGAGUGUCUUAUUGCAAACGGUGUGCAAAGGGCCAUGCAGGGUGCUGGAAUCAAUUCGGGCAAUGCAUCGGCCAGCUCAAGUUCCUCGAUUAGCCCAGACGCUGUGAUUGAUGCCAUUGCCAAUGAUGAUGGCAUCCAGGCCACAUACACAGAGGCCGUGCGUACCAAUACCCGCGAGCGGAUCAAGCAGGAUGUUGACUACAGUCCCAACAAAUAUCCACAGAUUGCCAAGUUUACCGAACAGAAAUAGUGUGGGGCAGAGAGACGAGGCGAUCACCACUUAGUGCUUGUUGUACAUUUAACUUUAAAACAAAAAACAAACAUUUGUAUUUAAUUUAGUUAAGAUAAGUUGUGUUUAAAGUCAGGCAUUCGUAAUGAAACAAAUGUUGUUUGGCCCUCUCAGUCAGCAUGCGAUUUAGAGCGGUAUAGAAUACACACACACACACACACACCUAUUAUACAGAUUCAUAUGGAAAUCGAAUCAAGUUGAUAAAAAAAAAAAUUAUUCAUAAAAUCGAUAUUUGUUUCUUUACGGAUGUCUUGCUGAAAGCGAGAGAAGGACGAAGAGAAGAAGGUGACAGCCAAUUGCAAAAAAGGCAUGGACACAAAAAAAAGGAUAAGAAAAAGAAAACAAAAAAUUAGAAGAGAUAAAUAAGAUGUGCGAAAAUCACAGGAAUGCUAGCAAAUGCUUCUGUUACAUAUACAUAUACGAGUCUAUACACACGCAUAUGGGAAUAUAUAUUUAUAUAUGUAUAUAUUCGAAGUUACUUCCACAUAAAAUCUAUAUAUAUGAUAUAUAUAUUCACAUACUAUAUAGAAAACACAAAUUUUCAACCAUUUUUCGAGGACAACACCAGCAGCAACAACAAAAUCAAAUAAGGAGGUAACCCACACACACACACACACAACUAAACACACCACACAUACAAAGCUACACUUUUAUAUAUAUAUAUAUGUACAUAUAUAGAAUGCAAUUCGGUGCAAAUGGCAUAAAGCAGCCCACACACGAUGAUGAUUUAAUUGAAUUUUGACGAUGGCGUCUUCAGGUCGGAUGACGCAGUGACCACCAGAAAGCAAUAGACAACAGAGACCAUGACGACAGCCGCCACAUUCCAGUCAAAAAGAAAACAACAAAAAAAAUUCAAUGAAGUAUUUUCGAACGAUUUGCCCAUUGACGUGAGCUUUGAUGGCACAUGAUUGCUAUUGAUGGAAUUGGAAUUGGGAUAAGGAAUUUUUGCAGUCUUUCGAGUGGAUAAUUAUGAAUUACAAUAACAAGCAACAACAGCAAA